CCCCCUGCGCGUGGGAAGUAAUCAUUCAAUCAGCCUCAUUAGCCUCUGGUCCGGGAGCAAUUCGGCUCGUGACCUUGCGCGUUUAAUUGAUUAUUAGUAAACGUUUAUUGGUUUUGACUAAUAUGGAUGAAGACUGUGAUUUAGCGGAAGAGUUUGACUGUCCGAGCCUUCUGUGUGAGGAACUGGAGGAUCUGGAAACAAAGAAUGAUCAAGGGAGGAUGAGGAGGAGGAGAGAAGGAGAGGAGGAAGUUUAUAAUCAGAGGGAGGAUGAAGAGGCAGGAGAGGAACCAGAGCGAGAUGAGAAGGUGGGGGAGGAGGAGAAAGAUAAGAAAAAGUCUGAGAGGGAACUUGUGGCAGCAGAGGGAGAGGAGGAGGAGGAGACGCAGACGAAGGCAGGGAGGAGGCUGCAAGAGGUGGAGGCACACGAUGUGCAGAUGGAAGACGACGGGAUUGAGAACAACAAGGAAACAAUUUCUGAGAAGCCACCGAAUAAAGAAACAAAACGUUUAGAGGAGAAAGAGGAGCAAAAGAAGGGUAGGAAGAGAAGAGGCAGGAAGCAGAGUGACCGAGUGAGAAACAGGAGAGGAGUAAAAGAUGUUGGUGAGAGGCUGGAGGAAAAAAAGAAGAACCACACACGGGAUGUGUCAGCGAUGAGCUCAGAGGAGAGCUCAACUCUAUCAGAGACUCCAUUUGGACUGAUGAACAGCUCUGACCUGUCCGACCCCAUCUACCUGGGUUGUGGGGGCACAGGGAUGUAUUGUCCCCCAGUUCCCAUUCCCAUCCUGUACUCUUCACAACCCCCAGUCCCGAUUCAACCUGCACCACCUCAGCCCCAAGGGACAAAAAGGCCUCGUAGCCCCCUCCUGACUCACGGUCUCCCCCAACAGGGCCCACAGCCUGUUGAGAUGGAGAUAACCCAGGUUUACUCCACCCGACGCUCCAUCCGCUACAGCACCAGGGGCAGAGGACGGGCCCUCAGUUUCCCUUUAGCGGGCUUAGAGACUGUGGACAGCUGCCUGCUGCCCCCUGCACCGAAGAAGAAAACACGAACACUCUACAGCACUGAUCAGUUAGAGCAUUUAGAGGCCCUGUUCCAGGAGGACCACUAUCCUGACGCAGAGAAGAGGAAGGUCAUUGCAGCUUCAGUUGGAGUCACACCUCAGAGAAUUAUGGUCUGGUUUCAGAAUCGCAGGGCUAAGUGGAGGAAAGUGGAACGCUCCAUCACAGCAAAGGUUGAACACAGACAGAGUAGAGUUGGAUGCAGCAGCCCCCCACAUCCCCACAUCAAUCCCAUACUGGAGCCGAAUAGUAAGGGGGCUUCCUGUCACUUUCCUGGUCACUUUCCUGGUCACUUUCCCACCAAACUGCCCCAGCUUGCCCCUACGGCACCUCCUUUCAGGACCUUGUCUAACCAGAAUGCAACCUCCUCCUACAACAGCCUGCUGGCCAGCCCAGGUCGAUCCAGAGUGAGAGAUGGGGGCCAGCACCAGCUUUCAUCUCAGACAGGGUUGACUGAGUACCAUCCCCGUCCCAUGCACAGCCCCCCUCCGCUGCGACGAGCCAGUCUCCCCCUUUUCUCGACGACGUACAACCCCUCCAACCACACUUCACCCCUCCUCAACACCCCAGCUCAAACCCCACCUCUGUUUCUGGAUGCUCUGGAGGGCGGCUCCACCUUGGCCCAUCGUGACACCCAGUCUCUGCAGACUGACAUCAGUACACUUUUUGACUUUGGGGAGAAGUUUGACUACCUGACAUCCAGCCAGCAGAACAACAGUGUCAACUACCCGCUUCAGACCUCCUUCCCCACCAGCCAGCCCCAGCACCAACCUCAAGCAUCUCUGCCUCGCAUGGCCUACCUCACCCCCUCCCCCUACCUCACCCCCAACCCUCCAGAUUCCAACCCUACCUCCUACCUGACCUUUGGCCCCGGGGGAAACUCCACUGGGGUGGUGACCUACUCCACUGGAGGCCAUGCCUACUUCCAGUCCCAGGGUGCUGGACAAAUCCUCCUGCAGUCCACUGCUCAUCAUGGUGGGAUCGCAGCAUACCAGUCAUUCCCGUGGGGUAAUAUGUACAACCAGCCAGCCAUUCACCAGCGUACUCAGUGCCCUUCAACUUACCCUGCCAGCAUGGGGGCUGCUAGAGACCACCAGCCACCUUCCUCCACCCACCUGCCUCCCCCUUCAUUCUACCCCCAUGGGGAUCUCGGGCUCUCGCAUACAAACUCCCAGUGCUCGUCACACACAACCACCACCACCCCCAGCAGCACCACCACCAUCCUCCCACCUGUGUCCACUCUGCGACCUUCACAUCACAGAGCAGAGAGCACACCAACCAAGGUUUCAUCCCUGUUACCUUCUCAGGUCAGCCCUGCGUCUCCAGAAAGCCCUCCAGUGCCCCCUUGUGUCAAGAUAGAAUAUGAAAGCCCCCAAGAGAUUCACAGCCACUUCCACUGUGACUUCUCACCCAUACAUUUUUGACUCCAUUGUUGAAUGCGUCUGAGGGUGUGCGUCUAAAAUAUCUGUGUAAAUACGUCCUGUGUAUUUGAGAGUGAUCUGUAAUUUCUCUCUUGUAUAUGAAUAUAGUAUCAUAUAUAUACAUAUAUAUAUGUAUGUAUAUAAGUAUAAUGUUAGCAGGCUCAUUUGGGCUGCGAUAAGUUGGGCUGGAAUAAAUAUUGUUUGUUCUGUUAAGAUUUUAUAUUUCUUUAUUUUAAUUUCUUUGCCAUGAUGCUUAGGGAGGGUGGCGUGCGUGCGUGCGUUGAUUGAGGCAUGAUCACCUCCCAACACAAAUAAAACUUGAAAUCAAGUCAGAAAGCG